CCACCCCCCCCCCCCCCCCCCCCCCCCCCCCCUUAAUUCUCUCUCUCUCUCUCUGUCUCUCUGUCUCUGAAUAUCCUAAUCCCACAGUUAUCCUUAGGUGUUUUGUCUUCUUGUUUUUUUUAAUCACUCGCUCAUGACCAAGAACGUUUCGUUUUGGUUUUUCAUGUUAUUCUGAUCAGACUUUUUGAAUUCUAGGCUCGAUCUCUGGCCUGGCUAUCAUGCCAGAGACCGAAAAUGUUCCCGAGAACAGCCAAAACGCCUUGUUUGGAAAAUACGAGGUGGGUAAGCUCCUGGGAUGCGGGGCAUUCGCCAAGGUCUACCAUGCGCGCGAUGUCCAGACCGGACAGAGCGUCGCUGUCAAGGUCAUCAGCAAGAAGAAGAUAUCCGCCCCCGGUACCGACUGCUUGAUGUCCAACAUCAAGCGUGAGAUCUCCAUCAUGCGCAGGCUCGAUCACCCCCAUAUCGUCAAGCUCAUCGAGGUCCUUGCCACCAAGACCAAGAUCUACUUCGUCAUGGAGUUCGUCAAGGGCGGCGAGCUCUUCGCCAAGGUCGCCAAGGGCCGCUUCACCGAGGAUCUCAGCCGCAGGUAUUUCUGUCAGCUUAUCUCCGCUGUAGGUUACUGCCACUCUCGCGGUGUCUUCCACCGUGACCUGAAGCCCGAAAACCUCCUCGUCGAUGAGAACGGCAAUCUGAAAGUCUCGGACUUUGGACUCAGCGCCAUGAACGACCACAUCCGACACGACGGGUUGUUGCACACUCUUUGCGGUACGCCGGCGUACGUGGCGCCUGAGAUCCUAGAGAAGAAAGGCUACGACGGCGCGAGGGUGGACGUUUGGUCAUGCGGCGUCGUGUUGUACGUGUUAAACGCCGGUUACUUACCUUUCAACGACUCGAACCUCAUGGCCAUGUACAAAAAGAUUUACAAUGGCGAGUAUCGGUGCCCCAAGUGGUUUUCUCCCGAUCUAAAACGAUUCUUGUCUCGGCUUCUGGAGACGAACCCAGAGACGAGGAUCACCGUCGACGAGAUCCUGAAAGACCCCUGGUUCAAGAAGGGGAACUACAAGGAGUUGAAUUUUUACGACAAAGAAGCUUAUACGGACGUGAAAGAAGAGGAGCCCAAGGUUAAAGAUUUGAACGCCUUCGACCUGAUCAUAUCCUUCUCUCCCGGUUUGGACCUGUCGGGUUUGUUCGAGAUCAGCUCGAGCAACCCAGUGGAAGAUGGAGAGAGAUUCUUAUCGGCGGAGUCGCCGGAGAAGGUCUUGGCGAAAGUCGAGGAAUUAGCUAAAGUGGGCGAGAACAACCUAAGGGUGAAGAGGAAGAAGGACUGGGGUGUGGAGCUGGAAGAACGGAACGGUAAUUUCGCCAUCGGGGUGAAGGUUUACCGGUUAACGGACGGGCUGGUAGUGGUGGAGGCUAAGAGUAGAGGUGGGGACGGUGGGUCCUUCAAAGACACGUGGAAAAACAAGCUUAGGCCUCAGCUAAUCAGUGGCCUAACGGUUCAACCGGGAACUCAAAAUUGAGUUUUUUUAUUUUCUUAUUAUAUAUUUAAUAUUUAUCAUGUAAACAGAAACAAAAACGAAAAGAAAAAGAAAAAAAGAAAAUCGUCGAAAUCAAUUAAGGUGGUGGUGUUAAACUUAGUUAACAACCCCAUAAUUCCAACGUAAGAAGAAAAUUAUUAUGGACUUAUAUGGGGGUGUUUAUGUAGAUAAAUAUAUUUUUAAAACUCUGGUGUUUCUGUAUUUUCUUCAUGUGUGUACAUAAGGAGGAAAACAAAUGAAAUAGUUCUGUCUAUCUUUAUCAUUC